CUUGGAGACGAACCCUUCGUCUUUUACUUUUAAUCACUUUCUGCAUCUCAAAGUUGUCAAAUUUUCUCACAUCCUCUCCUUUUUCUCUUUGUCCGUUUGGUUUCUUGAUUCAGCUACUCCAAUUUUUCUUUCAAAUUUUGGUUUCCCCCUGUUUCGAUUACAAGCCCUAAAUCCGCUCAACCCAAGAACUUUUGGGGAAGAUUUGAAAUGGCUUCGAAAACAGCAACCAAAGACAUAAUCACUCUUCGUGGUUCUGCGGCAAUUGUCAGCGAGUUCUUCGGGUAUGCUGCGAAUAGCAUCCUUUACAAUCGUGGGCUUUAUCCGGAGGAAAGUUUUGUUAGGGUUAAGAAAUAUGGACUUCCUAUGUUGCUUACUCAGGAUGAAGGUGUUAAGAGCUUCAUUUCUAAUCUAACUGCUCAGCUUUCUGAAUGGCUGGAAGCUGGGAAGUUACAAAGGGUUGUGCUGGUUAUAAUGAGCAAAUCCAACAAUGAGGUCCUUGAGAGGUGGAAUUUUAGAAUUGAAACUGAUGGGGAGGUGGUGGAACAAGGUGUAUCGAGGGAAAAGAGUGAUAAAGAAAUAAUGAGGGAGAUCCAAGCAAUUAUGAGGCAGAUUGCUUCAAGCAUCACCUACUUGCCCUGCCUAGAUGAACCCUGUGUAUUCGAUGUGUUAGCAUAUACUGAUAAAGAUCUUGCUGUUCCAUUUACUUGGAUGGAGAGUGACCCUAAACUGAUUGCUAAUCCACAAAUGGUGAAGCUGCAUUCUUUUGACACAAAGAUUCACAAAGUGGACACUCUUGUUUCUUACAAGAAUGAUGAUGACGGUGACGACGAGUAAACACAAAAACAAACUCCAUUUUCUUCAAUUUGUUGAUGAUUUCUAAAUCCUCCAACCUGACCUCUUGCUUUCAAGGUGGCAUUGUGAAUCAUUUAUUCACAUUUUGUAUUGUACUCUAACGCUGGAACGAACAAUGUUGUUUUGUGUGUUCAAUUAGAAUUCCACCUAAAUGAAAUGGUUGAAGGUUGUCAUUGUUUCUUUAUAAAGAAAACAUGUUUUCUACAAGAACAAGGUUGUCAUUGUUGUGUUUUAAGAACAAGAGUGGACCAAGUCUCUGAAUCCACUCAGUUUGUCCAAAUUCUUCGGUCGAACCAAAGAAUUCUGUUCUCUAAAAAUAACAAUUUAUCCAAAAUUAGAAACUUUGCAGGUAAAUUUAAUUUGAAAAUUCCAAAAGUUAGAUGUGAAAACGAAGAGAAGCUGCCGAGAGAAAAACAAGGGAAAAAGAAGAAGAAUGGGCUUAGACGGUGGUCUGUCAUGGGCAGAUCAAUGGGACUACAACCCUGACCCUCCACCAUCUUCAUCGGAUAAUGACAAGAAGAAGAACAAAGAUGGAUCUUCAGACAAGAGCAAAUUUAGGAAGACAAUCUUGGGCUUCAAGUGGAUGAAAGACUUGCGAAAGAAAUCUGACAAAUCUUGAAAAAAAAAAAAAAUACUUUCUUAUUGUUGGUUAAGCUUUAUGAAUGAAAUGACAGAAGCCAGGAAAUGAGCAUAAAAAUUAUUCUGGUUUCCUUAAACCUCACCAUCCAAUGAAUUCUGAUAUAAUUAAUUAUUGUUACAUUACUGAAUUA